AAAAAGAAAAAGGAAGAAGGAGAAGAAGAAAAGAAAGAGGACGAACGCGCUCAGGACCUAUGCCAAGGCGGUGGGGCUAAAGCUUCACUGCCGCCGCCCUCCUCUAAGAAGAAGCCACCAUCGUAAACCACUUAGAAAAGUGAUUAUCGACCGUAUAGGUUACUCCACUACACGGGCCACCGUCGCUUCGAGUGGGUCUGUCGUCGUUCUCUCCUGCUCCUCUUUAUACUGCAUCACUGUCGCUUCCUUCUUUCGCUGCAUUUCAUUCUCUGCCGGGCUCAAGCUACAUGGCUACAAAUUCAGAAACUGAAUCACUCAAUGCUUCCUCAAGCUCAAAAGAACCAGAAAAACCUCAAGUUGAGCCUAUGCGAUUGCCUACAAUUGAGGAGAUCCGUGGUCAAGACAUUUGGAACAACUGCGCUGUUCGUAGUAUUGUUAGUGGAGUCAUGGGAGGUGGGCUUGGGUUGUUCAUGGGUCUAUUCCUAGGAGCAUUGGACAAUCCCAUAAUGCAGGAGGAAAUGACUGGUAGGCAGCAAUUUAUUUAUACUGCAAAGCAAAUGGGACAUAGGAGCUGGAGUUCGGCCAAGACUUUUGCAGUGAUGGGUUUGAUUUUCUCAGCAGCUGAAUGUGUUGUUGAGAAGGCAAGGGCAAAACAUGACAUCACAAAUACAGUUGUUGCAGGGUGUGUAACUGGGGGUGCAAUUUCAGCAAAGGGCGGCCCAAAAGCAGCGUGCGCUGGUUGUGCUGGCUUUGCUGCAUUUUCAGUCCUGAUAGAGAAGUUUUUAGAUAGGCAUGAUUGAGUAAACAGGUAAGUUAUUCCAGUUUUGUAGAAAUGAAUAUUGUCUCGGUUUGGAGAAGACGUGCGAAAGAUUGCCGGGGAAUAUAUUGUUCUCUUGCUUUUGUUUCUGCUCUCCUUUCACUUUUUGUCUCAUAGUUUCAGUAGCAGAUUGACACUGCAAUUGAUAUUUAUUGAUAUGAUGCAUGUAGCAUUCAAAUAAGUUGGUGAGAAAGGAACUUCCAAAGAGUUUAUUCUUUAAGAUUUUGGAUUUUGUUCA